AUGUCUUUUCGAGGUAGAGGAGGUGGAGGAGGAAGAGGUUUCGGUGGACGUGGAGGAGGAGGUCGCGGUGGCUUCCGCGGAAGAGGUGGAGGCGGCGGCGGUGGAAAUAGAUAUCAAGACGCUGGUCCUCCUGAAAGUGUGAUCCCUCUGGGCCACUACGGCUGGACUGUGCAAGAUGACCUUGUAUGUAAAGUUGACAUAGAAGACGUUCCCUACUUUAAUGCACCAAUAUUCUUAGAGAACAAGGAACAGAUUGGCAAAAUCGACGAAAUCUUUGGUAAUCUACGCGACUAUUACGUGUCCGUGAAACUCGGUGAAAAUAUAAAGGCGAAGAGCUUUAAGGAUGGUCAACAAUUCUUUAUUGAUCCAGCAAAAUUGUUACCACUUAAAAGGUUUCUUCCGCAACCGCCUGGAGCCAAGCGAGGUGGUGGCGGCCGCGGUGGAAGAGGCGGACGAGGAAGUGGCGGGAACUUUGGACGUGGAGGUCGUGGUGGCGGCUUCGGCAGAGGAGGAGGUGGCAAUCGAGGUGGAGGUUUUAACCGAGGAGGUGGAGGCUUCGGAGGUCGGGGUGGAGGAGGAUUUGGGGGUGGCGGAGGAUUCGGAGGCAGAGGGGGGCGUGGCGGCGGUUUUAGAGGAGGUCGUGGGGGAAGAUAG